AUGCGUCUUCUGACUACUUCCAACCUUGAGCUGGUCGAAUUCCGUCCGCACGAGAUCCCUCCUUAUGCCAUUCUUUCACAUACCUGGGGAAAACAUGAGGUUCUAUUGCAGGACAUGGUCAACCAAUCUGCUCAAAGGAAGCCUUCUUUCGCCAAAGUCCGCUCAGCAGUACAUCGGGCUAGGAAAGAUGGCUUGGAAUAUGUGUGGGUGGACAAUUGCUGCAUUGAUAAGAGUAGCAGUGCAGAGCUUUCAGAAAGCUUGAAUUCGAUGUACGCCUGGUAUCAGAAUGCUGCUAUCUGCUAUGCGUAUCUUUCGGAUGUCACAGCAGACAUUGAUUUCACGGAUUCGGACUCAGAAUUUGCCCGCAGCUUAUGGUUUACGCGUGGUUUCACUCUCCAAGAGCUACUUGCACCUGCUCGGGUCGUCUUCUUUUCUCGUGACUGGAUUGCUAUUGGGAGUAAGAUAGAGCUUCAGGAGUCACUAUCCACAAUCACCGGUAUAAGUGUUCAAUAUCUUUGCCAUCAGGAGCCUAUUUUCUCUGCGUGUAUAGCCGAACGGAUGUCCUGGGCGGCAAAAAGACAGACCUCUCGACCUGAAGAUGUCGCAUAUUGUCUUCUAGGAAUUUUCAAUGUCAACAUGCCACUUCUUUAUGGUGAGGGAGAAGAGAAGGCAUUCAUUCGUCUGCAAGAAGAAAUCAUGCGACAGUCGGACGACCAUUCAAUCUUUGCCUGGCGAGAGGACGCACCGUCUGACACCCUUCACGGCCUCCUCGCCCCAACACCUCGACGAUUUGCCUUAUCACAGGAUAUUUUCCCUUAUGAAAACUGGGAGGUGCUGCCUCCCCACACAAUGACGAACCGAGGUCUACGCAUCGAUCUUCGCUUAGUAAAGUCGCCCCACGAGCGAGACAUUUACAUUGCGGCCCUCAACUGUCCUAUGCCUCCUAUGUUUGCAGACAACACCUUUGUGGGCAUCUAUCUCAAAAAGCUCUCUUCUGGCGACGAGCAAUAUGCCCGCGUGCGAGCACAUGAUUUCGUCGAGUUCCACACACACAGAGCGGAUUUGCAGACCAUUUUCGUUCGACAGAUGAAGGAACCACAUCCAUCGGGUGGGUAUCGCAUCGUGGAUACUUUCCCCAGAUCUAUGUCUAAUAUGAAGCAAUUCGGCGAAUUGAGCACUGAUUCAGCACCGACACCCGAAUUCAUCAAGUCAUCAAAUGAGGCGGUUAGAAAAUGGGCGAACACGAGUCACCGCCGUAGUUUUCCAAUUCAGAAAUCACCAAAAAGGCUUUCUGGGGUUGUUUUGUUCAAAAGAGAUCCCCGUGACAAGAUGUUGUGUGUGAUGUUAGGGUCUCUGGGACGGUUCGACGCUGGAGUGGACGUGUCAGAAAUUUCGAGCGAUUUCAUCUCAGGAAAGCUUGAAGACCAAUUGAUGGAUGGGCUCCAGCAAUCUUUCGAUCCUAAGCCACCAGGGCAAGUCCUCAAAUUCGCCAAACACUUCGUCCUAGCCAGCAUAGAGACAAGGGUCCACCACGGAGUCAAAUGGCAUAUCAUUGAUCUGCAGGUGCAGCAUGCGGAAGAUAGUCUCGCGAUCGGAGAUAUACGUCAGAUAAAGGAGCCUCUCCGGAUAGAUGCUAUCGAGCUAGCACAACCUCGGUGCAAGACCAACCAGCAAGUAUCACAGCCACAAGGGCCAAAGUUCCAGACCAGGUCAUAUCAAUCUGCGUCACAGCAUAAAACGCCAGUCACUUCUAAUCGUCAUGAGAGCCCCAAAAAGCAAGACAGCAAAAGAAAUGCUCCUCUGAUUGGGAUAGCUCUUGGUGGACUGGUCGGUGGGUUUGUUGGUGUGGAUCCGGGUGCAGGAACUGGCGAUGGGGGCAAUGGUGGCGGAGGUUGUGGGUAA